AUGUCCGCCCCCGCCCCCGUUCCCUCAAAAGCCGCGAUCCAUGCACUUCGAGGUCUUCUCUUCGGAACUUCUUGCUCUCUCGUCCUCUUAGCGGAAGAGCGUCGCCAGCGAAUCAAGAUAGCACGAUCUGCGGUCGAAAAUGGCAGGAGAUUGAAGUCUUUGAAGCGGUACAGCUCCAGCGGGGUCGUUGCCCUCGAGGCCCUCCAGGAAGAAGUCGCCACCGAUCCAAGCCUCAUCAGCUGGCCAGCGCGCUCUCGAAGUCGCACUUCUACUCACGACCACGGAAGAUUGGCAUUUGACAGCUCAUACUUGGAUCAACACGUCAACGAAACCGGUCCAGAUGCACGACGGCCAACGAGGGCAACGAGCGAACAAGAUCUUUCCCAAAAGCCGUCAGACCAGAGAGGCGCAAUACAGGACAGUGGCCGGCCGGCCACAGAUGCUGCGAAGAAACAUAGUCAUGACCCUUUUUGGUCUCGAUUCCCGUCCUCAGUCUCUGCGAUACAGGACAUGUCUAUUGAAGACAGCGUUUUGAGGUCAAUUAGAGAUCGGCCGAAUGGAUGGCCAGGAGAAACGAACGCCAUUGAUCUGGCUGUAGAAUGUGUGAUUAGGGACCACCCUGAUGACAUUGCACAGACUGCUGGGCUAGAGGAGCUGCUUCUCAAUUCGACGUCUCCACAGCUCAGGCAAGGAAUUCCACACGCAGCCCUGAAUCUUGUUCGUCGAGCCUACAGGUUCGUGGACCAGUCGCAAGCCUUGCCUGAUUGGUUUUCAGAGUUGUCUUCGCUGCUGUCAACAGCUUGUCAUCGGAGGAACAACUUCAGAAUCGCCGGACAAAUUCUGGAGUUUGCGGUACAUCAUAACGUAGCCACUGAGAACGACGUGUUGGCACAGUGUGUUCUUGAGGUCACCGAAAUUUUGGUUCCCCAAAAGACGCAACAGUCUGCUAAGAACCAAGACCCCCCCGAACGAUUACAAUUAGCGGCAAGUCUGUAUGUGGGCAACUUGCAACUACCUCCGCUGGAACAAUCGAAAAUACGAUCUGGCUAUGUGAAAGUGGGCAAAGAUUUAAUCAGCCGUGCCCUGGAGGUGAAAUGCCCUAUUGACGUUGUUCAAGUCUUUCAACAAGUUUCCACUUGGAACCACGACAAGCUUGGAACCAUUGUCUGGUUCAUGAUGCAACUUUUCGAGCACCAGCAGCACAAAUUGGCCAUCGACACAUUCAUCGAAAUUUUUGCCAAGUUGAGGAAGACCUCUGCGUACUCUAAGCGUCUAUGCAUGGACAUUGUUCAUUCGGUUGUUACCUCCCGAGGUUACGAAUGUCGCGAGGUUCUCCACACAUUCAACCAGCUGAGGGAGCGCGAUGGUUGGGAGAUGCCGAGGAAAUGGUUGAGAGACUUGUUGUGGGUGUAUUGGAACUCGACACGCAACUUCACUGAGACGCUUCAGCUUUUUGAAGACGCAAGGGGAAACGACUUUUACGGUGUUCAAAACACUCUUGAAAUUCGAUCGAAGAUGGUGCGGAUUUGCAUCGAGGCUAAACAAGCCGAGAGAGCACAUUUGUUAAUGGAGGAACUUGCAUCUUUAUACCCAGAAGUUCAACACGAUGUUGAGAUAUUCGGCCAAUUCGCCCUGCAAAAGGCCAACCAGGGGGAUUGGGCCGGAGUUCUCAGCGAUUUCGAGGCGAUGAAAAAGAUGCAAACAGCCAACUCUCACAACGAACGGCACUUCAAGCGCACAUUUGCGGCAGUACUAGAGACCUAUGCGAAGACUCAUACGUGGGGCGAAGUCGAGACAUUCAUGGAAACGUAUAUUCCAGAAUUCGGAUUAGGUCUUGAUCGCCAGCUAGUCACAUUCAUCGCUGACAGGCAUGCGAAAUGUCGCGACAUGCAGGCACUGAAGCGAUGGCUGAUGUUCUGUAUGGAUGCGGGGUACACCACCGAUGGCAGAUUCUGGACCGCAAUGUUGGUCAGUUGCAAGAGAGACUGGAAGUACAACAAGGACCAGCUGUCCGACCUAUAUCGUGCCAUGAGGGGUGCUGGUAUCAGCACUGCCUUCCCGGGCCUCGAGCAAUGCUUCAAAAACCUCUCUUGUGCCACAGGCCACCGUUCAAAACAAGUCCGGCUCAAGGCUUACAUGGUGAGCCCUGCCCACGAGGUGACUGCCUUCGAAUCCAUGAGAGCGGAUGCGCAGAUCGGGAAGUGGAACAGUGUGCUGGCUCUUUACAAGCGUGCGUUACACAACGGCAUGGGACACACGAGUCGGUGUCUCAAGCUGGCGAUCACAGCUAUUGUCCAGCUCGAGGGCCCCAGAAGCAGACAGGCCGUGGCACUCUUGAGUAGCGCCCAAUCUGAAGGUUGCGAUACGAAGGAGGCCAUGUACCCAAUCGUUUUCAGCCAGCUCGAGGAAAUUGGAGAUCAUCACAAAGGGCUAGCGGGAGAAGACGGCCGAGGACGGCCCUUCCCGUACCUGAAGGCCGUCUUCGACGACCUCCGCAGCAAGAACCUCCACAUUGACGACGGCCUUUUCAACCGCGCCGCCCGCAUCUGUCAGGAACUUCGCAACUACCGGGAGAUGAUCACCUUUUGCAUCAUCGCGGCCGAGAUCAACGGCCGCGGCGAUCUCUGCUACAGCGUCUACAACUUCAGCAACCUCCUCGCCGCCUACGUGAUCCGGCACGAGUACGACAAGGUGCGCUGGCUCCUCGCCGAGCUCAAGACGCGCGAGUACCGCACUUCGAGGGAGAUAAGACAUCGCCUCUACUGGGCCAUCCACUACCUCAGGAAGAGCUCCGAGGCCGACAAGGCCGAGGAGCUCAAGCAGUCCGAUCUUGAGAUCAUGGCCCUCGUCCACGACGCUUGCAAGGCCUUGGUCGCGGAAACCCGGGACCAUAAGAUUGAGGUCAAUGAGGUUCUCCUCAGCGCCAUGUCUCAGAGCAAGUUCAAGUCAAAGGCUACCGGCAAGGCCGACAGCCUCGAACCCAAGGCGUUUGAGGAGGAGCAGGAGUUUGACAUGACGAGCGAGGAAGAGGACAAUGUUGCUCCUCCUGCGCUUCCGACCCUGGCUAGAAGGGUCCAGAAUAAGGGCGAGGUGCCUCUGAACCCUGUAACAAUGUCUGGGGCGAAAGAGACCGAGUCGCAGCCGGUCAAGAGAGCGUUCUCGUGGAGCUCGACCACGCUUAGAUAG